CAAAGGUUAAGAUUAUCAUUGAAGUGUCAUUAUCAGAUAAUAGCAUAUUUAUCAGAAACUAGCACAAGUUUUCUAAGUUUUUUAUUUUAUUUUUUUUUUAAUUUUUUUUUUACAGUUUGUGAGCUAAGGUAAAAAUAUCCCAUUUACCAGAAAAAAUUAAAAUUAAAAUUCAUUGAGAGAAAUUGGUUGGACGAGAAAUUGGCGAGAAAUUAAAGGAUUUUGUAAGCGUAGGCCGUCCUAAAAAGGUCAUUCUCUUUCAAAGGCAUGCAACUUUUUCCCCACAGGUCCAUAUCAGGUCCUACAGUACAUCACCCCUCAUUAAAUUCAUAGCCGGUACCUACUUGAGAGCCCACCAUGCAUUUCUUCAGAGCUUUGAUAUUCUUUUUUCCCAUUGGCUAGGGUUAGGUAUUCCUUAUUUUCUUUCAGCUUUAUCAUUAACUGACUAUUGCAUUGGUUUUGAUAGAUAGAAGUGAGAGAUUAUUGAGGCAAAGAGAAGAAAAUUUUCUUUUCUUUUGUUUUUUGUUUUUUUGUUUUUUUUUUUUUGAAAGAGAAAUGGGACACCAUUCUUGCUGCAACAAACAGAAGGUCAGGAGAGGACUUUGGUCCCCUGAGGAGGAUGAGAAACUCGUCAACUACAUUUCCACCUAUGGCCAUGGUUGCUGGAGUUCUGUCCCAAGACUUGCAGGCCUGCAAAGAUGUGGCAAAAGUUGCAGGCUAAGAUGGAUUAACUACCUCAGACCGGACUUAAAACGUGGAAGCUUCUCUCCCCAAGAAGAAUCUCUCAUCAUUGAACUUCAUAGAGUGCUAGGGAACAGAUGGGCUCAGAUAGCCAAGCAUCUACCUGGAAGAACAGACAAUGAAGUGAAGAACUUUUGGAACUCUAGCAUAAAGAAGAAGCUAAUCUCUCACGGUGCUGUUGACCUAGCUGUUCCUGAUAGCUCCACUCAAAUUGCUUCGAAUGGGGAUUUACUAUCACUAAGUGCAAACCCUAUUAUAAGGGUCCCUUCCCAAGAUCAUGUUUUCCUUCCAAGUGCAACAUCAAUGGUACAUGGUUCGGGCCAUGAAGAUCUCAAAAUGGAUGUGGUCAAUUACAAUGUAGAUUGGGUUGUUGAACCAAAGUCAUUAGAAACAUCUGCCUAUGACCCUACAUGGUCGUUUGAUCAUCAUCACCAUGAUCAAAAUGAUCAACACCAACACCAUCUUCAGGUGGAUUAUCAAUGUCCAGGCAUGUAUGUCAAUGAGACAGUUCCUCCACAUCAUACACAAGCUAAAUUCCUUGAUGCAAAGUUCAUUUUGCCGCAAGAUCCAUUGGCGGUGGCGCCGUUGAUGGCAACGCCGAGACUCUACGAGAUUGUUGAGGGGGAUGAAUGUGCCAUGCCAUCUUCUUCCAUGACACAUGAAGUUGAGCCAUGUGCUAGGGUUCCAUGUUUCCCGUUUGGGUCUUAUCCAUAUGAUCCUCACGUGACUAUGGAUUACAUGGAUGCUGUGAUGGCAUCAUCAUCAUUGUCAUUUGGGUAUUUUCCUAUGAACCCUAGCUUGCCUCCAAACUGGGCUCCCUAGAUCUGGACUACGGUAGGAAAUGUAUCUUAAAUGUAUGUAGUCAUAAAAGAAGGAGACAUUUAUUAGGAGGUGUGCAUUAAAAGGUGGAAGCAUCAUGUAUGUCAUCUGGAAGUUCCUUAAAAUUCUACCUUUGUAUAGCUUCUGUAAAACAUAAGUGAAGGUUGUAUCAGUUGUGUGGUUAUAGAAGUUCCUUAAAGAUGCAACUUGUAUGGUCACUCCAUGCCGUUCCAUGCCAUGAUUAUAAGCAAUGUAU